AAAGAUUAAUUAACAAGACACCUAAUAUUUUUGAUUCAUUUUCUCGGUAUCUCACUAGUGAUUAAAGUGAUAACGUUUAUCGUCGACACGAUAGACUGGAGGUAAAUUAAUAUUAAAACAAAAUAGGUAGCGUCAUAUUGACCGGUGUAUGAAUUGUACCCCAAUUUUCUAAUACUAGGUAAAUGCUCAUGAUAAAAAAAAAAAUCAAUAAUCGCAGUUUUACGCAGAAAUUCUGCGAAUCACUACUCAAAUCUUUAUUCAUCUGCAUAAUGCUGUGUAGAAUUUAUUAAAAAAAAAUUUAAUGCACACACCUUCACGCGAUAAAUCUUAUUGAUAAUAUUAUUAUGAGUAAAUGUGUAUAGCCGGUAUAGGGCGUAUGUAAACUUAUCUCAUCAAAAUAAUUGAUUGACGAAGAUAACACACGAUAAUACUUAAAGAUAGUGUUCGGUGUUCGGUGAACAGUGGAAAGGACGAACAGGUAUUAAUGAAUCAACUAAUGUAGGACUUUGUUUAAAAAAAUUUACGCCGGUGUCAAUGACGCUUUAAAUGACCACAAUUUGAAAAAUUCAACCUCACACCAUCGCGAAACAAACGCUGUUCACAAAGUAAACUAUCCAGUGUGUAUUAUAUAUUGACUUAAAACAAAAUGUCUUGCAACUAUGCUAAUGGUUUAUCUCCGUAUGAGUAUAAAGGAGAAGUUGGUAUGAAUGAAAUUUUUGAUACUCCUGAAGUUUUAAAACAAAAAAUUUCACUUCUCGCUGAGUGGAUCAAAGAUUCUAGAUAUACAGUUUUUCAUACAGGUGCUGGUAUAAGUACAUCGGCGGGUAUACCAGAUUUUAGAGGACCAAAAGGAGUAUGGACUUUAGAAAAAGAAGGAAAGAAACCAGAAAUAAGCUUAGAUUUCAAUGAUGCCAAACCAACAGUUACACAUAUGGCAAUCAAAAGCUUGGUCAAAAAAGGUUAUGCAAAAUAUGUUGUCAGUCAGAAUAUAGAUGGUUUACAUUUGAAGUCAGGAUUACUUCGUCAACAUGUUUCUGAAGUUCAUGGAAACAUGUUUACUAUGAAAUGUAAUAAAUGCAAAAGGAGCUAUGUGAGUAAAAGUGCUGUAAAAACAGUUGGACAGCGAUGCUUAAACAUCAAAUGUUUAGGAAAAAACAAGAAUGGCCAUCAAUGUCGAGGUGUUUUAUAUGAUACAAUAUUAGACUGGGAACAUCAAUUACCAAUCGAAGAGUUAGAGUUAUCGGAGUUACAUUCCAAAAUGGCUGAUUUAUGCAUUUGUCUUGGAACUUCAUUACAAAUUCAACCAAUCAAUCUGGUUCCAUUUAACGCAAAAAAGAACAAAGGAAAAGUUGUUAUUUGUAAUUUACAAAAAACAAACUGUGAUCGUAAAGCAGAUUUAGUUAUUCAUACUUAUGUAGACAAUUUGAUGAAGUCUUUAAUGGAUAUCCUUGGAGUAAAUAUUGACAAAUACAAUGAGAUUGAAGAUCCAACAAAUAUAAAUCAUGAAAUAACUGAUUGGACGAUUUAUGAUGUAGAUUUAAGGAUUGUACGAGAAAUUAAAAAAAACACAGCUAAGUUAAGAAAACGAAAAAAGUCUGAAGCUAAAUUUUCUGAUCCAAAAUCAGAAACAGAAUCACCUCAUAAUAAUCAAAUCCUUAAACCUUCAAAAAUUUCUAAACUCAAUAAUAAUGAUAAUAUUAUAAAAUAAUGACAAAAUAAUUAGGUUUUUGUAUUACAUUUGUAAUAUGUUUUCAAUAAAAAUCGUCUAAUAUAGUGUUUCCUAACACUUUCCAAAAAUAAUUCACAUUGAAAAUUCUAUGCUUUUAAAUAUGAUAAUGAGUUAAUUAUAAAAAUGGCAUGAAAUUAAAAAUAUUAUAAUAUAUCUAGAGAUUACAACCGACCCUAUUUUACGAUAUUGGGAUAUUUAGCCAUUAUUAUUUCCGAGGUCCUAGAAUUAUCCUGAAAUUUAGUAACAAAAAAUUUAAAAGAUUAUGCAAAAAAAAAUAUUUUAAUUUUUGUUAAUGAAUCAAAAUGUUAUUACAAAUUACAAUUUUAUGCUCUUCUUAUUUUGAAAAUAUGAACAAAGGCAUAGUAUAGCGCAGCGUUUCUCAAACUGUGGGUCAAUUUUUGGGGGGUCGUGGAGAAGUAGUAUUAUAUUAUUAUUAUAAGAAUAUUAUUAAAAUUAUUAUUAUUAUAAGUAUAUUAUUACAAUUAUUAUUAUUAUAAAGUAGUAAAUAAGUUAUAAAAAAAUUUAUUUUUUGAAAUUACUUUUUUGAUUCUGUAAAUGUAAAACUGUGGGAGUCACGAUAGAUUUUUGGAAAAAAAAUUGGGUAGCGGUCCUAAAAAGAUUGAGAAUCACUGGUAUAGCAUCUAAUGUUCCAUCUCUGUCAGCUUCUCAGCUUAUUUUGUAUAUUAGCUGUUACUAAAAAUGCACGCUUUGACUCGAUACUAGUAGGAGGAGUAAGACAAUAAAUAAUUAAAGGCUUGCCUCUAAGUGAUGACUGUAAGUUCUUCAAUUUUCAAAUAGAUUCAUUUCUUUUUGAUUAUUUUAACCAAAUCAGUUUCUUUUUGUGUUUUAGGAUCAAUUAGGAACUUUUACCUAUUUCUAGCAGCAACUUUUCUUGUAAUGUCAAUUGAAUGAGUGUAAUAGAUUCACCUUUUGUUUGUUCAAAACAUUAUUCUUCUUUAUUUUGAUAAAGAUUAUGUACCCUUUCAAUCAAUUUUAUGAUUGAUUUUUAAAUAAAAUCAUUUUUGAGGAGUGAAAAUAAAUCUUUGAAAUAUUUUAUUUGAUUAUAGUCAUCAUGAGGAUUCUGUCAAUAUGCCAGAUAACUUUCAGCAUCAUUUUUUUUUUUUUAUAUACGACCACUCAAUCAUGUCCUCACUUUAUUAGCAAGUAUUGAAUUUUUUUCAAACAAUUCCCAUCAAUAGUGCACAAAUUGGCAUUAUGAUGACUGCUUUCAGUGUCAAUUUAACAAAGGAAAAUACAUCGAUAAUCUCAGUAAUUAAGUUAUAAUCAAAAUCUUCUAAACAAACCAUUUUACUUCACCUUGAAAAAAAUAUUUCUCUAAAAUUGAAGAUUGUUCUGUUAAAAAUACAUUUUCUGUCUGUUUCAUAGU